AUGUCUACAUGGAUGAAUCCCGUCUCCCAAAAGGCAGAAGCCGACUCGAAUCCUUGGUUUGUCAUCCUUCCAUGUGCUUUCUACUGGCUGUCCUUGCCUGUUAUUGUAUACGAAAUCCGGACAAGCCGCUUGACUCGCCUUCCGUGGUCCACUUUGAUGAGCUUGAAAUGGGUAAGAGUUCGUUCUAUUUUUCGCAGAAUGGUGGAACUUCGAAAUGAAAGGCAUCUUUCAGUUCUUCGCCAGUCUUUUGGUUGUCGAUAGGCUUUUUGUCUUCCUACUGGCUGUAUGGGAAGCUGUCGUGGAAACUCUCGACGUCCCCAUUGGCUAUUUUGUGUACCCAUUAGUACAUUCAAUAACGCUUGUAAGAUAAUUUUUCGGUUUAAUAAUCCCUUCAAUUUUUCAGAUAUUUAUUCUGGUAGCUACAAACGAGGUUCGGAAGGCUGGAAUCCACUCUUCAGGAGCUUUAUUUUGCACCUGGAUGAUGUUUUUCUUGUUCUCUAUUCCAGAGUUCAUUUCAUGGGUAGGAAUUGGUAGCAAUGAAGAGGUUCGUCAAUUUUUUCAAAUUACGAGUGCACUUUUUUAGGAAUUAAUCAAUGUGGACUUUUUCCGAUAUAUUGCGUUUUUGGCUUAUUUUCCACUUGUCACAAUCGAAUUCCUACUGAAUUUUGUUUCAGAUCCCUUUUCUUUCGCAACAAAAGUAAGAAAAACUUUUAACCUGCAGUGCAAUUCAAGAAUUAUCAGAAUGAGCGCUGUCCAGAAGAAGAUGCCAGUUUCAUCAGCCGACAGCUUCUCUCCUGGUUCACUAGAAUGAUCACUUUGGGCAGUAAGAAACCUCUUGAAGUUUUUCAACUUUUUCUUGCGGAACGUAUAAUGAUAAUUAGACAGAAGAUGUCUUCGAACUCGACUCAAAACUGGACCAACAGUUUUUGAAAAGCUGCUGGAAGAAAGAAUGGGCUGCCGAGCUACGAAGUUGUUUUUUUUUUUUUGAAAGCUGUAAAAUGAAUCAUCUUCUCAGGAAACUCAACGGUUCUCAGAAAACAACGAAAAAACACGGAUAAAACACCAUUGCUAACGAAUAACAAAAACUACGGCGCUGUGGGAGAACAAAAGGAAGAUCAAAGUUGGUUGAUCAUUUCAAACCUUGUUUUGGCUUUAGCUAACGGGAAGAUUCCAAAAUAGCGAUAAUCGUUCCCAGAAAUUGAUUCAGAUGAAAGAGAAGAUGAAAUGCCGUCCUUGUUACGGACACUAUGGAUUCUUUUGCGUUGGGAGCUUCUCGGUGGAUCAUUCAUCAAAUUUGUUUCCGAUCUGCUUAACUUUUCAAACCCGUUGCUUUUAAAGUGGGUCUUCACAUAUGCCGUUUGAAAUAUGUUUGCAUCAGUUACCUCAUUUUGUUCAUCGAAACACCGGACGCUCCUCAGUGGAUAGGAUACGCUCUGGCCGUUGGUCUUUUUGUGGCCGGGCAGCUCAAAUCUAUACUGCUGAACAAUUAUUUUUUCAUUAUGGCUCGAGUGGGAACAAAACUCCAAGUUAUGCUGACAACCGCAGUUUACGAAAAAGUUAUAGUUCAAGUUGUACAUAAAAUUUGAGAAUCUUCAGACUCUGAGACUUUCAAAUAGCGCCAGGAGAGAAAAAACAACAGGAGAAAUAGUAAAUUUAAUGGCUAUCGAUGUGGACAGAUUCCGAAUGAUCACUCCUCAAAUUCAGCAAUACUGGAGCAGUCCUUUACAAGUGAAAAAUCUCUUGGAAAAAGUAUAAUCACUUGCAUCAGAUAAUUGUUAGCAUGGUGAUUUUGUGGCGCUUCGUCGGAGUGUCCGUCUGGGCCGGAGUUGCUGUCAUGGUAACUGUAAAUCCGAGGAAAAAUAUUAUUUUUGUUGAAGGUUUCAAUUAUUCCAAUAAAUUUCGGCAUUUCCAUUUGGAACAAAAAGCUUCAAAUGCGAUUGAUGAAACUGAAAGAUGAACGAAUAAGGCUAACCAAUGAAGUACUCAAUGGAAUCAAGGUUGGUUUUUUGUGAUAAAACUCAAACAUUUUGUGAAUUUUAAUUGAUGAAUUGAGGUUGUCAAAUUGUCUGCUUGGGAAAUAGCAAUGGAAAAAGCCAUCGAAGAAAUCCGUGCGAAAGAGCUUUCGAUGAUCCGAUUGAGUGCUUUUAUCAAGACGAUUUCAGAUGUUCUCAACGUUGCUGCUCCUAUUUUUGUAAGAUUAUAAAAAGCAUCAUUUCUAACCAUAAAACUUCUAGGUUGCCGUCAUUACAUUCACUGUCUUCAGCCUUAUCAAUCCUCCGAAUUCUCUAACUCCUCAGAUUGCUUUUGUCUCUUUGACUCUCUUCAAUAUGCUCCGCGGCCCUCUGAUGAUGGCAGCUGAUUUGGUGGCCCAGACAGUUCAGGUGAACAUUAUAAGGUCUUUCAACCUGUUCGAAUACACCAAUUCAGCUUAUUGUUUCUAACAAGCGUCUGAAAUCCUUUCUCAGCGCUGAAGAAAUCGACCCAACUCUCAUCGAUACUCAAAUCCGAGGAGAGCGUAAGAACUUAAUGUUUUUAUCAUCUUGAGCUUUUUUUGUUUUUCAGUGUACAAAAACGCUGUCGAAGUACAUUCAGCGUCUUUUUCCUGGGACAAGUAUGGCGAACGUUUCUUGAAAGACAUCGAACUAACCGUCGAAACAAACGAACUGAUUGCUGUGGUCGGCUCCGUCGGUAACGGAAAGUCGAGCCUUUUGAUGGCCAUUCUGGGUGGGAAGAUCAUCCCUUUUUUUGCGGGAAUGCGCGUUUAAGGGGAAAUGGAGAAACAGUGCGGUUAUGUUGGUGUACGAGGAGAGGUGGCCUAUGUUCCGCAGCAGCCGUGGGUUUUGAAUCAAACGUUCCGGCAAAAUAUCGUCAUGCAGUCUUUCUUCAACCAAGUAACUUUUUACACCGAGAAAAAAACAAAUUUUGACCGAUUUGAAAAUAAAAUUGAAGUUUCGGUGUGUAAUAGACCUUGAUUAUUUCAAAAAUUUUGAAAGCGUGUGAAAAAAGACAUUUCAAAGCGUCAUUUAGUAUCACUCCAAACUCGAUUUUUUGUUCUUUAUUUUUUUUCCCGCUCCUAGGAAUAAGAGACGACAGAGGCAUCUUGACGGUUUUAAUUUUUUUUCGCCUCACUUCUGAAAUAAAUUUUUUCACAUCAGGUAAUUUUUUAACAAAUAAUCACUGUUAUCUUUCAACUUUUUUUUCAACAAGUCUCAUUAUCCAUAGAUAAUUCAACUCCAUCUCAAAGCCGGACUUCGAGUCGUUUCUCAGUUUGAUAAUACUACUUUUUGAUAACUUUUCAGAAGCUCUAUGACACUGUGAUAGAUGCUUGUGCAUUGCAAGACGAUUUAAAGCAGUUGCCGAGCGGAGAAGACACAGAAAUCGGAGAGAAGGUUGAAGAAAAAUAAGUUCAAUAACAGCCAUAGUUUAAGGGCAUCAAUGUAUCUGGAGGUCAGAAGGCAAGAAUCGCGUUGGCCCGCGCAGUAUACCAAAACAAAAACGUGUAUCUUCUGGAUGAUCCACUAUCGGCUGUAGACGCUCAUGUUGGAAAACACAUUUUCGAGAAAGUUAUUGGGCCAAAUGGCAUUCUGAACAACACCACAAGGUAAUUUCUUCCUCUGUUUUGUUGCUUAAACUUUUUCUUUCAGAAUAUUCGUGACUAACUGCACUUCUUUCUUGAAAGAAGCAGACCGCAUUGCCGUCAUUAAUAGUUAACCAAAAAAGAGAAAAGGAUUUUCAGGGUUUUGAUCGUGAUUCAGAUGGAAGAAUCACUCAUAUUGAUGAGUACGACAAUUUGAUGAGCAACGAAGAAACUCGGAGGUUUUUAAUAUCCGCGGAUGAAGAUACGGAUGAAAACAGCGAACAGAAGUCAACAGAAGAGAGGUUCCAAAAUGUCAUUCUACCCUUUGCUGAAAGUAAGCUUCAGCGAGAAAGAAACACUGAGUGAAGUGAGCAAAAUCAGCAGACACAGUGAAAAAUCGGCUGCUAAACGGAAAAAAUCGAGUGUUGUUCGAGCGGUGAGUAUUUGUGAUUUUGAGUUUUUUAAUUCAAUUUAACUGCGUCUUAUCAACCAAGAGCUGUAAAAAACAGUUAUUUAUUAUAUGUUGUCUUGAAGAAAAAAAAAAUCCAGAACCACAAGACCUCUCAAAAUCUGUUUUUUAGAAAAAAUCAGUACCUGCGAAAUUGAUACAAAAGGAAGAAGCGCAAUCGGGAAGGGUUUUUAGAAAUUUGUAAGCCGAAAACGAAAAAAAAAUGUUCAGGUCAAAUUUGAAGUAUACUGGACUUACUUCAAAGCUAUGGGAAUCUUCAGAUACGUUUUACCAUACCUCUUGGCGACGGCAAUUCAAUCAAGCCUUACAAUGGCAAGGAGUCUUUGGCUCACAAAUUGGUUUUGUCAUUCAAUAAUCACAGUUUGUGCUAAUUAUUAUUGGGAAUUUAGGUCCGACGAAAAUCUUGACCCUAAUCCUGCAAAUCAUUUAAGUUUAAUCGUACGAAUCAUAGUUUACGCAACGAUGGGUCUACUUGAAAGUAAUAUUUGACUUUCAAGGAUUAUAAAUCCUUCGAUUUUCAGCCACUGUUUUGUACAUUGCUCUCGUUUCCUUAUUAGUCGGCGGAGUAGCGGCUUCGAAAAACUUGCACCGGCCACUUCUGCACAAUAUUCUGAGAAGUCCUUUAUCUCACUUCGAUGUUACUCCCAUCGGUCGGAUUCUCAACAGACUUGCAAAGGUUGAGCUCAGUUUUUUCGGCGCAGCCGUAACUCGAAUGAUAGUUUGAAGGCAAAAGGGAAGUGAAAAAUAGAGUUCCAAGUGCAAAUGAUAUCUCGUAGAGCCUUUCACGGAAAAUCGCACGAUCUACUUGAAAAACACACAGACAUUCGUAUUUUUGAAGAAAAACGCAAUUCGUUUUUCCAUCUCUUAAUUUUGAAAUAGGCUCAGGAUCGGUUUUCCAUUUUUCUAUAUCUACCUCAAACCCCGUUUUUUACUGGAAAUAUGCUUUAAACCAGCUUCAUUUUCGGCUGAAUGAGAACAGACAGUUCAUUUGAGGACAUGGAAGUUGUUGAUCUUCGUCUCAGUGGUAACUUCCGAUUUCUAGUGAUCUCUUUUGUCUCCAUGUUACAGGUUUUUUCUCGUAAUUCCUUCUGCUUUUUUCAAACUCUAGUUCCAGGCUGUCAUUCUCAUAACUUACUCCACGCCUUUGUUCAUUCUGGUGGUGAUUCCUGUCUUCAUAAUGUACAUUUUGAUUUUGGUUUGUUGGCACUAACCUCAGAAUACAAGUCUAUUCCCAGAAACACUGCAUCAAGAGCACAAGGCAGCUUCAACGGCUAGGGUCUCUAACAAGGUCGCCCAUUUUUUCCAAUUUCUCUGAAACUAUACAAGGCAUCUCGACAAUCAGAGCAUUUGGUUGGGGAAGCGAAUUUGUUCAAAGACACGAUAGACAUGUGAGUACAAUUGCAUUGUUCUUCAAAGUACAUUUUUGCAGUUGAAUCUUUAUGUGAGGUGCUCAUACUACUCCCAAAUUGCUUCUCGAUGGCUCUCAAUCCGUUUGGAGCUUUUGGGAAACGUCGUGAUAUUGGGUACAUCUUCGAAAAUUUUGAAAAGAGUAUCGAAACGAAUAUAAAUUUGAAAGAAAGUUUUUCAGCUGCCGCUGUUUUGGCCAUUAUUGCGAAGAACUGGGGGGAAAUGACUGCGGGAGGCAUCGGAUUAUCUGUAUCUUACAGUUUGAAUGUCAGUGAGGAUCUAUCAGAGACGAGCAACCCCCUUUUUUUCAGAUUACUUUCAUGUUGAAUAUGUUUGUCCGGCAGUUGAAUGAAGUCGAGACAAAUGUGGUUUCAGUAGAAAGAAUCGACGAAUACACAAAAACGCGAUCUGAGGUGAUAUCACUCACAUGAAAAUCCCUAUGCAACACAAUUUCAGGCCGUGUGGAGACUAAAUAGUGACCGACUACCCCCAAAAUGGCCAGCAAACGGAGACCUUUACUUGGAAAACUAUUCCACGAAGUGAAUUUCUCAACAAGCUGGAUAAUAAUUGAUAUUCGAAGAUAUCGUGACGAGCUGGAACUCGUUCUACAUGGCAUCACUCUGAAUGUGAUUCCAGGGCAAAAAGUUGGUGUUUGCGGUAGAACGGGAGCCGGUGAGAGUUCGAACAAAAAGCCAUGGGACAAAAAAACUUGUUUAGGAAAAUCGUCUUUGGCUUUGGCCCUGUUCAGAAUUGUCGAGCCAACAGAAGGGAAGAUCCAAAUCGACGGUGUUGAUGUCAAUCAGAUCGGGCUGUACGACUUGCGAGAGCGCAUCACAAUAAUUCCACAGGAGAAUGUCCUUUUCGCGAAUACUCUGAGGUUACCACUCGAAAUCCAUUUCAAAUUUGUUUAUACUCUUUUUUCUUCAAAAAUAUUGUUAGGAUUCAAAAAAAUUUACAUAUUUUGUCGGACCGAUCUAAACGCAAGUUCCGAAAACAUUUACAUCAUUUCCUUUCAACUCUUUAUGCUAACCACGUUUUGCAUCUAUGGAAUUUUUGGUGGAGUUUGUAGUCAAAAUGUGAUAUUUAGAAAUAACCAAAAAUAUAUGUUUUAGAGAUGGAUUACGUCUACAGAUAGGAAAGUUUGAAGAAAUGAGUUCAACUUCUGCCUCGUCUUCUUGUUCCCAAGUUUUUCAGUAAACGAGGAACGCGAGUCAAAUUGAGUUCUCGCCUUUGCUGUAGUUCAUUCUUUUCCCAAUGAAAUUUGAGAAACAAAAGAGAUAAAAUUUCUGACGCUUUCAAAUUCUCACAUGCGAAUGCUUCAAACAAUUUCACUUUUUAGGUUCAACUUGGACCCCACGAACCAAUACAGCGACAAUCAACUUUGGAAAGCUUUGGAAAGUUCCAACUUGAAAGAAUUCGUGCGAUCGUUGCCAAAAGGCCUUGAGCACAAAGUCGCGGAAGGGGGAGAAAAUUUAAGGUGAAACUUCUGUUCAGUAGUUGAAGAUCCCUCAAAAGAAGGUUGGAAACAGAAGGAAUCACAACAUUUAGUUUUUGGAAGUUAAAAGUUUCAUAGACUUUCUCAUUGAAUCAUCGUGAAAGUUGAAAAAGUUUUCAGUAUGGGACAGAGGCAAUUGUUCUGUCUAGCCAGAGCACUGCUGAGAAAGUCGAAGAUCCUGGUUCUAGACGAGGCUACGGCUGGAAUCGACAAUCAGACAGACGCCCUUGUGCAGGUUGAACUUUCGAUGCCGUGAGAAGUGAGAAAGACUACAAAUUUUUCCAGGAAACGAUCCGACGCGAAUUUUCUGACUCAACUAUAAUAACCAUUGCCCAUCGACUCAACACCAUCUUAGACUACAAUAGGUACUCCAAUCGACUUAUACUGAACUAUUUUCUUAUUCAGAAUUAUUGUCAUGGACAAGGGGAAGAUUAUCGAAGACGGCAUACCUGGCGAACUUCUCAAAGACCGUAACUCGAAGUUCUAUGGUCUAGCAAAGAGCUCAAACAUUGUAUAA